AUGCCGUUUGGGAUGUUGAUCAUUGAGGCCAGCUUUGCCAGUGCAUUGGCGAAUUGGUUUUCCUCUCUCGGAAGGAACAACAUAGGUACGAUGAAUGAAAACCAAAUUGUUGUUAGGCAUGAAUCAGAAGGUGGCAAGGCUCCCACAACGGGUGACGAAUCACAAGAUGUUAGUACGAUUACAAAGACCAUUAAAGGCCGUGGUCCGUCAAAAGGUGUUAAAGUCGCUAAGCCUAUGUUCCUUGAGUAUAAUGUAUAUAAUGUCCCCGAUGGACAAUGGUCUCAUGAAUACGGGAAGCAAGUUGGGAGUUGUGCUACUAGAAUUAAUAUUAAUGUCCCAUUAUAUCCAAAGGUAGAUGAGCAAACCAAGAAGGGGUUUUGGGAGGAGACUAAGCUUAUGUUCCACAUUACUGAUGAUUCUAAUCAUUCGAGGGAGAAAUAUUUUCAUUCUUGUGUGGCGAAACGAUUUAGUUGUUUCAAGAGCAAGUUGGUGCGCCGAUGGAUAACUAUGAAGGAAAAGAAGCCAAAAAAUCAAACAAACAAGAUGCCUUGGGAUGUCUACAACCAUAUCACAGAGGAUGAUUGGAAGACUUUUGUUAAACAUUAUUUCCUGCCAGAGUCAUUGCUUCGUAGUGAAAAGGCGAGGAAAAGUGCAUCAUGCAACAAGAACCCACAUCGCACCGGCAAAAAGGGUUAUAAUAGAAAGCGACUAGAUUGGAUAAAGGAUGGACGACUUCCACCAGAUGCAGCUUUACCUAUCUCGAGUAGCUCCUCGGUGAACUCAUCAGUGACCUCAAAUGUUAAUAGAGUUAGAAAAUACAGAUCAAAGGAGUGGAUUUUGGCCCAUCAAGUACAAAAUAAAGAGGGAAAGUGGGAAAUUGACCCGAACGAUACAGAAGUUGUUGAAAUCGCAACAAAAGCUUUAGAGUACAUCGCAGAAGAGGAAAAAGGAAAUCUUUCUUUCGAACAGGGUGAGGAUGCCCUCACUAAAGCUAUAGGGAAAAAAGAUCAUCGUGGGCGUGUCAAGGGAACAGGUGGCAUGGUUGGUAUCAAAAAGGCUUUCGGUCCGUGUAUUCGACAUAGUAGAAGUGACAAUGGUGAAGCUUCAUCAGAAAAUUACGAAUCAAUCAGAGCUUCUGUGAAAAAGGAGUUUGAAGGUGAAUUAGAGAAAAGGGUAGAGAAAAGGGUGGCAGAGGCCCUCCAAAAGCAACUAAGCACCUUGUUAAAAACAGGACAACUAAACUCCAUUUCUACCCCGAUACUUGAUGACCUCCACUUAAAUGAUUCUGCCAGAGUUGACCUUGAUGUUAGUGCUACAAGAACCACUCGUCACAUCUUAGUGCCGCAACCACGCGAGCUAAAGGAAAGGACUCCAUGUCGUCUUGCCCUUGAGGAUAAAGUUUCAGGCAACAACAUUGUCGUGGCGGAUGGUAUGGUACAACCCUCAGAUGGUGCAUUGCCCCAACAUUUUACAUCGAUGAAGCCUGGUCACUAUAAAGUCCAAGUUGAUUUUGUUUACGACGGACAUGUUGAUGAUAUUCUUCCGGUACCUAUGGGAGAUGGUUUCACUAACUUAGGCGGUGCUCUGGGUAGUUUUGUGCAAUGGCCCAUACACUUAGUGAUUUUCGAAGACGGCGAGGAUUGUACUUCACCUCCUAAAAAGAAGUCCAAGUCUAAUGUUUCUAAAGAGAGGGAUGGUAGCUCCAAGAAAAAGACAACGGUAUUAGCGGCCCAAAAGAAGACAACAGACUUAGCAUCCAAGGAAUUUUCGCAUCCAAAGAAGUCGAAUUCUAAGCCUAAGUCCAACUUAGAGGUCGUGGGUAGUUGUGAUCGUAAAACAUAAGAAUCAACCACCAAAAGCAAGAAAGCGGGACUUGUACACGAUGCAAUUCAAGGUCUUGGCCCGUCAUGCAAAUACUUGCAGUUUAUCAUGACUUCGGCGCCUGAUGAUAUAUAUGAUAAUACUACCAUCCCAUUGGCGGCCUCAGUUUGGCACUCGGAUUUUGAUCAAGAAACAUACAUAACUGCUUCUGAUAUAGGAGAGUUCCUUCGCGGGGCGUGCUUAAACAUUUCAGCGAUCCAAGUCUACAUAUUGUGUUUAUUGCACGAUCAUGCCAAAUCAUUUGAAAUGUCUCGGAUUUCGUUCAUUUGUCCCGAGAUUAUGUCAAGCACUAGAAUCAAGGCCGACCCUGGAGCGCCAACAAUGUAUUUGAAAAACAUUUUCCAAGCUGAAAUUGAAAAGGAGAAGAUGGGUAAUCCUAACCUAACUAAUUGGUUUUUAAUCCCAUAUAAUCAAGAAAAUCAUUGGAAUUUAUACGUGAUGGACCUACGUAGAGGUUAUGUAUAUAUUUUCGAUUCUGCUAGAGAUCCACGUCGAACAGAUUAUGCAUGGGGAAUCUUGAGUUUG